AUGUGGGAAAAGUGGGUGGCGGCCGGCAAUACGGAGAAGGGGCCCGGAGGGGAGAGGCGCGCUCGGUUUGCGUGUCGCCGUGGUGGCACCCACACCGGCAACAUGUGGACAGCCGCCCUGGGGCAGCAGGCGCCAGCCAUUGGCUGGUCCUACAUGCACCUGCGCGGCAUGGGUAUGGAAAGCAACGGGUGGCGGGCGACGGUGUUUGAGCCCGAGGGGACCACGAUCGGCCUGAGGCUCGCUCAGGGGGCGUUCCAGGAGGGGAAGGCAACAGAGGGAGAAUGGUGA